AUGGCGGUGUCAAUAAUGAGCGGUAAUCAAAACAAUAAUGGACCGUCGUUCGUGGCCAAUAAGAGUCCUUUAUUGUCGUCAUCGUCAGCAGGCGUGUGCGAAGGGUUUUCGGAUUAUUUUUGCGAAGUUGACGGUGUCAGGAACGAGCUUUUAGCGGAAGCGGCGCAUAAUCAAGGAUUUCCUCUUCACAUCAUUCCGCCUGGUACUCCUCAAAGCCCCGUUUUUCUACAUUCUCCGACACCUUACUGCAAUUAUUUGGAGCCUUUGCGUUCGUUCGACCAUAGCGACGCAACGAUGUCGCUGCUACACUUCCAAAAAUUGCAGCACCGGGGGGAUUCCCUGGUUCCUCCGCGAUAUUUUCCCAACGGCAAUGGCUCGAAUUCCAGUCACGGAAUGCUCUCAUUCGCAGAACUGAUCUCACGAUAUGCUGGCAUAAAUACCGAUCCAACCCUGGUUCCCGCAAAUUUUGCCCCGUUUGCAGUAGCAGCUGCGAAACCCCAACCUGAGCAGCCGACAUCGUGGAUCAAAUCUUCGCCUCGGGCGUCAGAAAAUUCUCCGUUCGACAGUCGGAAGCAACAAGCGGAGAUCUUCAACUUGCAAAAGAUGUCGAAUCACUUGGCAGAGAUGGCUUACAGUCAGCAUGGCUCAAGAAUGAUCCAGCAACACCUGCAACGUUGCACACCUCUUGACAGAGAAGCCAUUUUCUCAGAAAUCUUGCCAGAAUCGGAGAAACUGAUGACUGAUGUUUUCGGCAACUACGUGAUCCAGAAACUUUUAGAAUUUGGUUCCCCAGACCAGCGAACAGUUCUUGCUGGAAAGGCGUUGCGACUCCAUCUGGGAAUGACGACAGGGAUCCUUCCAGUUGUUCCCCAAGAUCAGAUGCACCAGUUGAUCCUCAACCAACAACCCCAAACCCUGCUAUUGGGUCAACAAGUAGCAGCAAGAACGAACCCAUUCUGCGGAAUUCGACCUGGAUUCCAGUUUGAUGACCCGAAUCAAUCACAAACAGUGUCUCCAGCACCACCUGUUGGAACCAUUUACGGAUCUCUGGGACUCGAUCCCAUAAUGGCGGUGUCGAUAAUGAGCGGUAAUCAAAACAAUAAUGGACCGUCGUUCGUGGCCAAUAAGAGUCCUUUAUUGUCGUCAUCGUCAGCAGGCGUGUGCGAAGGGUUUUCGGAUUAUUUUUGCGAAGUUGACGGUGUCAGGAACGAGCUUUUAGCGGAAGCGGCGCAUAAUCAAGGAUUUCCUCUUCACAUCAUUCCGCCUGGUACUCCUCAAAGCCCCGUUUCUCUACAUCCUCCGACACCUUACUGCAGUUAUUUGGAGCCUUUGCGUUUGUUUGAUCAUAGCGACGCAACGAUGUCGCUGCUACACUUCCAAAAAUUACAGCACCGUGUGGAUUCCCUGGUUCCUCCGCGAUAUUUUCCCAACGGCAAUGGCUCGAAUUCCAGUCACGGAAUGCUCUCAUUCGCAGAACUGAUCUCACGAUAUGCUGGCAUAAAUACCGAUCCAACCCUGGUUCCCGCAAAUUUUGCCCCGUUUGCAGUAGCAGCUGCGAAACCCCAACCUGAGCAGCCGACAUCGUGGAUCAAAUCUUCGCCUCGGGCGUCAGAAAAUUCUCCGUUCGACAGUCGGAAGCAACAAGCGGAGAUCUUCAACUUGCAAAAGAUGUCGAAUCACUUGGCAGAGAUGGCUUACAGUCAGCAUGGCUCAAGAAUGAUCCAGCAACACCUGCAACGUUGCACACCUCUUGACAGAGAAGCCAUUUUCUCAGAAAUCUUGCCGGAAUCGGAGAAACUGAUGACUGAUGUUUUCGGCAACUACGUGAUCCAGAAACUCUUAGAAUUUGGUUCCCCAGACCAGCGAACAGUUCUUGCUGGAAAGAUGAAGGGAAAUGUCCUGCAACUCUCGAUGCAAACGUACGGCUGCAGAGUAGUUCAAAAGGCGCUGGAAACCGUCCCCUCAGACACUGCCAAAAUUCUGAUUCAAGAAUUGCACGACCACGUCAUCGAAUCCGUCAAGGACCAGAACGGGAACCACGUGAUCCAGAAAUGCGUGGAAUUCGCCGAACCCGCCACGAAACAAUUCAUCGUCGACGCAUUCCGGGGACAAGCAACGUUUCUCAGCAUGCAUCCCUACGGCUGCAGAGUGAUUCAAAGGAUCCUCGAACACUGUUCGUCCCGUCAAGUCCGACCAUUGGUGACAGAACUGUCCGUGGACCUGGACCGACUCGUCGUGGACCCCUUUGGCAACUACGUCGCCCAACACAUGCUCGAACACGGCAGCCUGGACGACAGAACCCGACUCGUCGCGUUUGCAAGGGGCAAACUUCUGAGUCUGUCUCAACACAAGUUUGCUUCGAACGUCAUGGAAAAGUGUAUCGAGUAUUCGACGGAUUUCGAGAGGAGCCAGUUCCUGGACGAAGUUUGUGGCUAUGCAUCAGACGUUGAUGACCCGAAGCAAAGUCCUCUUUACAUCAUGAUGCGAGACCAGUUUGCCAAUUACGUGUUGCAAAAAAUGCUGGACUUGACGGAAGCGGAAAAGCGAAAGACAAUUCUGAGCAGAAUCGCCCCUUACAUCAAUGACCUUAGAAAAGUGAAUCACGGGAAACAAAUUUUAGCUAAAUUAGAAAAAUAUUUAUCGGAAUCUGGAAUCCAGGAAAAUUUUCAAUCAUCACCC